AUGUUCGAGUACCGUUGCCGCUCCAUCGAUUGGAAGCCGUCUCCGGUGGUAGCCCUUGCUACCAGCGCCGAUGGCUCGCAGGUUGCCGCAGCUCGCGAGGACGGCUCUCUUGAGGUCUGGCUCGUCUCCCCCGGUGCUCUCUCCUGGCACUGCCAACUCACCAUCCAUGGAGAUUCAAAAUCGAGAAUAUCGUACCUUGCGUGGUGGUGCCGUGCUGGUUCCAAAGGAUUGUCUUCCGCUAGGCUUUUCUCUUCGAGCAUAGAUGGCACAAUUUCCGAGUGGGAUCUUUUUUCCUUGAAGCAGAAGGUCGUCUUAGAUUCAAUUGGAGUAUCAAUCUGGCAAAUGGCUCUGGCUCCACCUCCCUCCACUGAACCGCAAGUUAAAGAAGCUGAGCUGAUUCCGAGUGGAUACUUGAGUGAGAAAUCAGAUGAUGAGGAAGAAAGUGGAAUUGAAAAUGAUUCUGACUUGGACGAGAAAACAGAGGCUUGUGAUACGCUUCUUGCAGCUGCCUGUGAUGAUGGCUGCGUGAGGAUGUAUUAUAUCUCUGAAUCAGACAAGUUAACGUAUUAUAGAUCGUUGCCUAGGGUCAGAGGGCGUGUUUUAAGUGUGACGUGGAGUUCGGAUGCAAAGAUGAUUUUUUCGGGUAGUAGUGAUGGGCUGAUAAGAUGCUGGGAUGCUGAUCUCUGCCAUGAGGUAUAUAGAAUCACAGUUGGACUUGGAGGACUCGGAAGUGAGUCUGAGCUCUGCAUUUGGUCACUUCUUUCGUUGAGACCUGGAGUACUUGUUAGCGGAGAUAGUACAGGAACCGUCCAGUUUUGGGAUAGCAAGCAUGGAACUCUUUUGCAGGCACAUUCUAAUCACAAGGGUGAUGUCAAUGCUCUUGCUGCAGCCCCAAGUCAUAACCGAGUGUUUUCUGCAGGCGCCGACGGACAGGUUAUUCUAUAUAAGCUCUCUGGUGGUACAUUUAAUACACAAGAUUUGAAACCUUCUUCCUCUCAGAAGUGGGAUUAUAUCGGUUGUGUAAGGGCUCAUACACAUGACAUCAGGGCUCUAACUGUUGCAGUCCCAAUAAGUUGUGAAGGUUCCCUUCCAGACAGUUAUGCAAACAGAACAACUCGUAAGAAGCGCAAGAAGGAGAAGCCAGUUGAUUUCAGUUAUCAUAAAUGGGAACAUUUGGGGGUUCCGAUGCUCAUUUCAGCUGGUGAUGAUGCAAAGCUUUUUGCAUACUCGGUUCAAGAGUUCACAAAGUUUUCUCCACAUGAUAUAUGUCCUGCGCCACAGAGAGUACGUAUGCAGAUGGUACAUAAUACAGAGUUCAAUCAGACUUCUCUUCUCUUGGUUCAGGAUUCUUGUUCUUUAGACAUUCUUCGUAUUCACAUAAGCAGUGAUUCUAGUGGGCGUGUCUCCACCAAGCCAUUGGUUCGUGUUAAAUGUAAAGAUAACCGGAAGAUCAUAUGCAGUGCAAUUUCCAACACAGGAUCACUUUUUGCUUAUUCUGACCAAAUUCGCCCAAGUCUGUUUGAGCUGAAGAAAAAUAAACUUGGAAAGAAUCCAUGGAGUGCCAAUAGAAAGCGACUUCCCAAUCUUCCAUUAGCUCAUUCCAUGCUCUUUAGCUGUGACUGCUCUCGGCUGAUAAUGGCUGGGCAUGAUAGCAGGAUAUAUACUGUUGACGCUGAUAGCAUGGAGCUGUUACAUACUUUUACUCCACGUCAGGAAGGGCAGGAAGGUGAAUCCCCUCCUCGAGAGCCUCCAAUUACAAAACUGUAUACUAGCUCAAAUGACCAUUGGUUAGCGGCUAUCAAUUGCUUUGGGGACAUAUAUGUGUUCGACCUGGAAACACGGAGGCAGCAUUGGUUCAUAUCAAGGCUGGAUGGUGCAUCUGUUGCAGCCGCUGGUUUUCAUCCCAGGAUCAACAAUGUGCUUGUGAUCUCGACCUCUUCAAACCAGGUGUUUGCAUUUGACGUAGAGGCUAGACAAUUGGACAAGUUGUCCUUGCUGCACACUUUUAGUUUGCCAAAAAGAUUUCAAGAGUUUCCUGGCGAGGUCGUAGGGCUCUCAUUCUCUCCAUCACCAACUUCAUCAUCUGUAAUCAUUUACAGCUCCUGGGCUAAGUGUCUAAUGGAAUUUGGGAAGCCGGUGGAACAAGACGGAGAUACGGAUUUGCCAUACGGAAAUCUGUCUGAAAAGGUAGCAGGUAAAAUUGCAAGCAUUGGUUUGAAAGUGGGGAAUGGGACCCGAAAACGUAGGUUAGAGGAGUAUCAAAUAAAGAGUAAGAAGUUUGAGAUGGUACCCUCAAAACACCCAGUUCUAUGUUUAGGACAUUUAUCAAAAGAUGCAAUUUUGGUGGUAGAGAAACCAUGGGUGGAAGUUAUCAAGAGUUUAGAUACACAACCAGUUCACAGACAUAUAUUUGGGACAUAA